GAGUCAAAUAGGAAUCCUGGCUUGCGGACACUUUGAUGACACCACACAAGCCUAAAAGUCACAUUUUCCCAGUUUAUCCCAAACAUUUUCGGCCUAUAUUUCCCAUAAUGCAUGUAUUUAUUUUAAACCCUACCCCUCCAGUUAGUAAUGCUGUUAUGUUUAUUCUUGAGCCCAGGCUGAGAUAACCCUGAUGAUAUUAUCAGGGCAGUUUCUCAAGCCAACCACCCUGAAGCUCCCACCCAAUAAUAUAUAUCCAAAUGAUUUUGCAACAUGGCAGAAUACCCUGUGAUGAGUAAGCUGGACCUAAUGUGGGAAAUCGGUUUAUUGCGGCUCAGGAAAGCCUAUUAAAACUUUUCUCAAAAGCAAACCAUCCCCUCCUCUCCUUCCUGAUUUCUGCACAGUGUAAACACAAGUGACUUCAUUGUCUUUGCCCCUUUAAGCGUCUGCUGCUGCCCUUCACUGCCCCGGUGAUAUUUGUGAGGGGGGCGGUAUAGCUCCACUCUGUCCUGAGCUAAACUUAGACGUGACAGUGGCACUCUUCAUCACAACAUGCUCUGACCACCACACUGGGUUACAAUGGCUGGUGUCCAGUUACCACAGAUGCUGCUGUAUCUCACUGGUGACACUGGCAAAACAAGGAACAGCUGUCUCUACUGUAACACCCAGAUUUAGCUCGCUAAAGAAGCUUCGCAAGCUGAAAUGGCUGUAAUAUCUGAAAUAUCCUGAAAAGCGCAAUGUAGAUUUAAAGUCUCUGCAGGUCUUUCUGUCUUUCACUACCCUUGUAUUCCUCAUGGGCAGCUACAGCUCAGCCCUGAUUCCUGACACUGAGGAGUUUGCCUCUAUUGCGUCAGCGGCGGAGAAGCUGAACGAGCAGAUAGCUGGUGCAGAUGAGAGGUUACAGUCAGAGCUUCAGACUCUGGCAACACUCAUGAUGGAGGAGAAAAGAAAAGAAAACCCGAGUGAAGAGCCGGGUGCUUCAACGCUAAGAGAAAACAGUCAGGAAGCAAGUCACAAUGGCCCUGCCCUGCCGGCAGCGGGACCAAAACCUGAGCCCACCCCGUCCUUCUCCUCUCUGUUACCACAGGUUCUCUCUGCUGUGCUGCCCCAGGGCCUCACGUCCGACCCCCGGCCGAGCAGAAGUCCAGCUGCACACACGUCACCGAACCUGGGGGAGCUGCAGACGGAGCUGAGGGACCUGAGGGACCAGUUUGAGCAGAUGAAGAGUCAGCACAACAAAGAAAUCAAACUGCUGAUGAGCGAGCUGGAUGAGGAGAAAAAGAUCCGCUUGACUUUACAGGUGAAACAAGAAGAAACGAAGGAUCAGAGGAAUGUGUGUUUUCUGAGCUGAGGACAUUAGGCCUAAUAUGUAGAAAGUGCUCUGAUGGUUUGUGAUGUUUUGUUGCAGAUGGAGAUUCAGCGUAUGAAGAAGCACAUGUCUAAAUGACUGAGAGCAACAUCAGAGACAUGAGAUCCUGAUUCGACGGAAAGAACCAUGUUUAAAUAUCCUGUUGUACACAUAUCUGAUAAAUAAUAUUUUUCUAUGUUUGAUUUAAUAAAACGUAUAAAUAUUAUAUACACAUAUUACUUAUAACAUUUUAUUUACUUUUUGGGAGACUGCUGAAUGGCCAAAAGGACUGAAUAUUUUUGUUUAUUAAAAAUUCUCAUUUACACAAAUAAAUAUGUUGUUGGAAGCAACGUGAAAUGUUUAAAA